AUGGCUCUAGUCGUCGACCCAAACCUCGAAAUGGUACCAGAUUUCGCUGGUAAUCUGUACGCAGGCAUUCGCGCAGACCUCGGAGCUGCCACAAACCGGACUGGAGAAGAAGUCGUAGCCCGUCUCACGGAGACAUGGAACGCAGACCACAACGCAAGAGUAGCGGAAUGGAACCAAGACCGAGAAGCAGAAGCUAGAGUCCUUGCAGAAGCAGAAAGGGCACGAACCGCGCAGGAGAAUGAAGAGCGCACCCAGCGGGAAGCUGAAACAGAGAGGGAGCGGACAGAAGCUGAAAAGAAGAAGCCAAAGAUGAACGGCUUUGAGCACGCAUCAUCCGUAGGAGAUUACCUGACUCCCCGUCCCGCUCAAUACGCAAUUCAGAAACUCACCAAUUUCGAAUAUGUAGAGCUAUGGUACUUCUCGCCGGAAGGGUGCAAAGACGCCCUCAAGUCUUCACGCUCAGUGGCCGACAACGACAUGAGCAUAACGAGGACAGAUGACCAACUCACGCUACGGCCCACCUCAGCGUUCAAAGCCAAAGCCAAGUGGCCCCAACCAAACAUCGACGCACUGUCGUUGUUCUUCUGGCACCUCGAGAACCACUCGAUUCGAAACAACAGUGAAAUCGGUGACAUGGUGAUCUUGACAUACGCAUCACGCGUACGUCAAGAUUGGCACGACCGUCUCAAACGCGACGAGGGUUUCAACAUCGGUAACAUCAAUGAGAACCUCAUUCGGACAAUCAACGAGGAGUUGUGGGAUAAAGUUCGCUCUCGCACAUGGAACAUCGUACGUACCCAGUCUUAA